UCCGUUUUUCAUUAUCUCAUACUUAUUCUUGGACGAAAAGUUGAUAUAUAAUAAUCAUAAAAUUAUAUACAGAGCAAAUAAUUUGUAGUGUUUGUGUAUUAUAAACGUAAAUAUCAAAGGACAGUGCUUUUUAGAAAAUCACUUUUCAGAAAUGUCCAUGAAAAUGGAGCUACAAUGUGCAAGAAGCAUGGAAAACAGAGAAGAUUUUGUGGAUGGGUAUGGCUAUGGAUAUAACAGUAACCAGGUAUACUACGAUCCUGCUAUGCAGCAAGGUUACUAUGGCAACCAGGGCCCAGUCCAACACUAUGGCAACUGGGGUUGGCAAGGUUACAACCCUCAUGGAGCUCAAGGACACGGUCAGGCAUUUUAUGGGGGCUACCAUCCAAUGGCUUAUGAAUAUGACUACUCUUAUGAUGAGGCUAAUGGAUAUAACGGUAACAUGGGAAGUGGGAAUGCCCGUUCUUUUCAGAAUAAUCCUUAUCAAGGUCAAGGGCAAGGAUUGUCUCAGGAAUCCUCAGGAAAACGAAGCAAGUAUUCUUACUCUCAGAAUAGAAAUAAAAAUAGACAACGACCAGAGACAAGACAAGCAAAUCAAAGUGACAAUAAUGCUGGUAAUAAGACUGACGCUACCAUUGAAACUGCAUCAGAUGUGGUUGCUAAUUUAAAUGUUAAUAAUAAUUCUGAUGAAAGUAAAGGUACAACAAGUGUUAAUAAUAAAAGUGAAAAGAAAACAUUACAUUCAGGUUCUGAAGUAUUUUACUCUGUACAAGAUAAUCAAAAUAUUUCAAGAACUAAGCCACCUGAUAAAUCAAAGUAUAGGGGUGGGAGGUUUCAGGGAUCUGAUUCUCGGACUAGAGAAUUUGACAGGGAACGUCAACAGUUAGAUCGAAGACGAACUUAUAACACAUCUUACAAGUCUGAUAAAACUACUGUUGGUGACACUAACUCUGAAACAGUGGUUAAAAGUGAUAAUUCUAAUACUGGUGAUAAUGAUAAUCAUCAGGUAAAGGAGAAAGCUAAUGCUAAUCAAAAAGAAGAUCGUAAUGGUGCUAAGCCAAAGUCUUUCAAAGAUAGUAAAAGCAGUGCAUAUAAUGACAGGUAUGGUAACAAUAAAAAGAGUGGAUAUAAGAAUGACUCUGCUGUAAAGACCAAGUCAGAUGGUAAAGAUGGAGGGAAGGAGAGCUUGCAAAAUAAAGGUGGUAGUACAAGAAAUAAUGAAAGAAAGGGUGAUACAAAUGUUGAAGAUGAUGUUCUGUCAGAAGGAGAGAAAAAAGUGUCAAGCGAGUCAAAGUCGGGAAGUGACCGGGAAGGUAGUGGAGGGGGCAGAAAAAAGAAAAAGGAAUUACAGGUCUAUUCAUCCAGCAGUCCUCGUGAGCGGCAGGGCCGAGCAUCCGGCUACAACAGCCAACGAGAGGCGUAUGAUCGCUACAACUACCGGGGUCAGGACUACAACAAGAGGCACAAGGAGUUCCCUGCCCUUGGCUUGGAGCGCGGAGGGGAUAGGACUAAACUGACUGGAAGUUCGGAUGAAUCCCAAGGAGUUGCCAAGGGAGAUAACACUGAUGAUGUUGAGGAUUCAGGGGAGCAAACCGGAACUUAUGCGGGUCCAGGCCGGAAACCGGGAGGCCCAGGGAGGGGAACUAGACAGAGAAAACCAGCCAAAGUGGAUGAGAGCCAGAGAGGAGCAUUGAUAGAGCAACUAUCUCGAGGAAGCUACGAGUGUAUGGUAUGCUGUGAGACUGUCCGAGCCCAGAACGCUGUUUGGAGUUGCGCCAACUGUUACCAUGUGUUCCACCUCAGAUGUAUCAAGAAAUGGGCUCGAUCGCCCAACUCCAUUGUCACAGGAUCAGGCACGGAGAAAGAGGGCUGGCGAUGCCCGGCAUGCCAGAAUCUCUCAUUCAAAUUCCCUAACCAGUACCGCUGCUUCUGUGGCAAAGUUAGAGACCCAGAACCCAGUAGAAUGGACACACCCCAUAGUUGUGGAGACGUUUGUCAGAAGGAUCGAGGGGAGGGAUGUAAACACUCAUGUAACAUAUUGUGUCACCCUGGCCCCUGUCCGGAGUGUAACGCCAUGGUAACCAAGUCAUGUGACUGUGGGAAAACCAAACAGACGGCAAAAUGCUGUCAAUCCAUGACGAUCAAGUGCGAGUUAACCUGUGAGAGGCAACUAAACUGUGGUCAACAUUUCUGCCAGGCGAAGUGCCACUCCGGACCCUGUGAUAAAUGUGAAGUUACGAUUAAACAAGAGUGUUACGGAGGCCAUGGGAGUCGUGAGGUUGUCUGUGGCAGUGAGGAAUCCUUCCAGGAAUCCUACAGCUGUGACACUCCUUGUAACAAAACGCUUGAUUGUGGUAACCACACCUGUGAAAAUUCUUGUCAUCCCGGCGACUGUGGAAGCUGCACUCGACUGCCUGCCAAUGUGACCAAGUGCCCUUGUGGAGCCCGAGACAUCUCUGAGCUGGGGUUAGAGCCCAGAAUUUCCUGCUAUGAUGCCAUACCAACUUGUGGUGCUGUGUGUAAUAAGGCUUUGGAUUGUGGACCGAAAGAUUCCCCCCACCACUGUACACUGCCGUGUCACGAGGGGCCGUGUGGGCCAUGUACAGGCUUCACCAUGCUGUCAUGUAGGUGCCUCUUCAAAGACCAGGAAUUCAAGUGCACGGAAAUCAAUGAGAAAACUGGGUCUGAUCAUGUUUUCCUGUGUGAUAGACGAUGCAAUAGGAAAAAAACCUGUGGUCGUCACAAAUGUGGCCAGCCUUGUUGUGUGCUGGAGGAACAUUCAUGUGAUAUGGUGUGUGGGCGUAAACUGAGCUGUGGGCUCCACAAGUGUGAUGAACCCUGCCACAAGAAUAACUGCCCGCCCUGUCUCAUGGCCAGUUUUGAUGAACUGACCUGUCAUUGUGGUACUGAAGUAAUGUACCCUCCAAUACCUUGUGGCACCAAGCCCCCAGAGUGUCACAGACCUUGUACGAGAGAGCAUGGCUGCAACCACCAAGUUCGCCACAACUGCCACAGUGAUGAGAUCUGUCCACCGUGUACAGAGCUCACCAAGAAGAUGUGUAUGGGAAACCAUGUGAUGCGUUCUAACAUUGCCUGCCAUCUGUCGGACAUCUCGUGUGGAAUGAAGUGCAGUAAGCCACUGCCAUGCGGCAAACAUUGCUGUAUACGUACAUGUCACAAGGGCCCUUGUUUGGAGGAAGGCCAGACCUGCGUGCAGCCAUGUACCAAGAGAAGGGAUUUCUGUGAACACCCAUGUUCUGCGCCCUGUCAUGGCGAUACACCGUGUCCUAAUACUCCUUGUAGGACUAAGUUCAUGGUGAAGUGUGCCUGUGGAAACAGGGAGAGUGAGACGAUGUGUUCCAGCCAGGAAAGUUCAGAGUUUCAGAGGAUGACGUUACAAAGUUUAAAAGACUCCAUUGAGGGGAAUAUGGGAAACUCUUCAUCCGUCAACAUCGGAAAAUACAACCAGUCAAAACUGGGCCAGAAUAGAUACCUUGAGUGCAAUGAAGAAUGUGCAUUACUUGAAAGGAACCGGCGUUUAGCCCUGGCUCUGGAGAUACAGAAUCCAGACCUCACAGCCAAGCUGGGGAACCCCUCAUAUAGCGACUUUCUCAGGGACUUUGCAAGGAAAGAUCCACCAUUUGUAGCUGGAAUUGAGAAAGCAUUGAGUGAUAUAGUGCAAUCUGCCAAACAGUCGAAGCAGUCCUCUAGAAGUCAUGCCUUCGCCAGUAUGAACAUGAACCAGCGCCGUCUAGUACAUGAGCUGGCUGAGUUUUAUGGCUGCACCACACAGAGUUACGACUAUGAGCCAAAAAAAAAUGUGGUCGCAAGUGCCACUAGGGAUAAAUGCUGGUUGCCUUCCAUCACCCUGACUGCCAUGGUUCAGAGGGAACUCCACCCCAAAGCCCCGCCCCCCAUACCUCAUGUUCAUAAGGAGGAAACAUUAAGACAAACAAACCUAGCUUCCAAGCAGUCAACCCUGUUGCUUGGAGAACGAGAAAGCUCACCCACCCUGGCAGAGGGCUGGAAAAUAAUUGGCAAGAAAACACGCAAACCUGGAACCCAGGCCACACCCAAAUCGGCAAUCGGGACAAUCGAUAAGUUUGAGUCAAAUUUGGCCGAGAUUUGCUCAGCCGGAGCAAUAAAUUACGAGUCUCUGAGUUUUCAGAGCAAGGAAGCAUUGAAGUCUGAGCCUGUUGUAGAUUAUUUUGAUUUUACCGUGAACUGAUUUAAGUUUGAGUUGCAGUUUGCACGUUAAACCUUUAUUUGUAUACUCACAUGUAUAAUUUGAGAGCUAUAAGUCUUGUUUCACAACUUGAUUGAUGCACUAUGAGAGUUUUUGUUUGAUGUUUAAAUUCAUUGAAGUUUAGAGCGUGUUGUUGAAUAGUUAAGAUAUUUGUUAGAAUGGUUUCUGGCGAAUUAGGUUCAGCUUUUGCAAGAUUUGCUGUUGUGCGGGCGUGUUUUUUUACGGAGUCUAAGAAGUCAUUUUGUUGCUACCGAUAUCAUUUGUUAGAUACGAUGAAUUUCGGGUUUGAUAUCGCAGAGGAUUAAGACGGUUUCUGGUUUUGGGCUUACUGAAUGAUUUUUUAUUUUUGUCAAGUUUGAAAAGUGAUGUUUUGUUAAAAGAGAUUUGAUUGGCUGACUGAUUUAAAAAUGUAUGAAGCGUUGAUAUUUGGAUAUUUCAUUGAUUAUAUCUUGUAUCAAGACUCAAUUAUGUUUUCAUUGGAUAGUUGCAGUUUACAAUAUUCUAGGAUUAUUUGGUGAAAUUAUUUGAAUUUGUUAACCUCGUCAUCCAGAUUUUUUGCCGUAUUCGUUAUUGUGAAUGAUGUGCAUUUUUCAGUUUUCUGAAGGAAUGACAUGAAAAAAUCAAUCAGCUUACUCAUUGACUUUCCCAGUACAUUUUAUUAUUUAGAAAAAAGUAAAAUAAUAAUUGAUACUGUCAUUUAUUUAAAAACUGUAUGUUAUUAUUGAAAAUAUCCCUAACAGAUUCUUUGUUAUUUUUUUAUCUGUAGGAUGUUUAUUAAAGUACUAGAUUUUUAAACAGAAAACAUUUUUUUCAUGUAUCAAUGUACCAAAAUUUAAUGUAUAUGAAUUGUACUACCUUGUGUUUAUUUUUUCAAUUGGUAACUAUAGCUACACACAGAUUGUAGGGGGGUUAUACUGGAGUCACCAUACAGUUGGCUUGUCGAUUUGUCAGGCAACCUCGUCUGUUGCAAGUCAAGUCAAGCAAACUACUAUCACAGUUAAUAAUAAUUUCUUGUUAGGGCACUGUGUGAGGGUAGACAUAACUUCUGUGACAGCUCUAGUUUGAACUUAGUUCACAGUCACAAUUAACCAGUCAUCACUUGUCAAUCAAACAAUCAGUUGACCAAUGAUGUGAUUAUAUUUUUUAAUUAGAUAUAGGUUCAUUGUUGCAUUAUCCAAUGAAUUACCUGGAAAACCUCUGACAAAUCAUCUCGACAAGUAAUGUCAAAAUAUAUAAAGUAUUUGCUUUGGUGACUGGUUAGUUGCAAUGAAUGAAUAUGUACAUAUAGUGCUUUCACAGUUAAUAAUGAUAUCUUGUGUCAUGGUGCCCUGUGGGGGGUAGUUAUCAUUUGUCAUGGUGCCCUGUG